GUGAAGGUAGUGCGUUGGAGCAUGCGUCGACAUCAGAUAACAAGAGGGUCGGAAGCGGACGUAGUGUUGUGAAAGCAAAGAAUGUCGAUCGCUUUCAAGUGGAUAGUAGAAGUAGCAUUAGUAGACCGCUUCCACCUGCUAGUGACCAGCAACAAGACCUGGUGGAAGCAGACCCUUAUCUGGAAAAUGCCGUCAUAGUGCGGACUCCACGAGCUGGAAGUCCGAUCGAAAAGCGUGAGCAUCGGGACGGGAGUGAACAUAAUGCGAGUCCAGUUCUUAUGACGUCGAACGUUUUUCCACCUUCAUGUUCACUGGGAAGUCUGAAGCCUGCUGUGACGACAGCUGCGAUACCAGAAGAUAAGCAGCGUACGAUGGACGACCGCGUUACCGAAAUCAUAGGAUUUUUGGGGCAACGGGCUUUGCGAGGCACAAGGCGGGGAUCCUGGCAUCGCGAAACUGCGAAGAUAGAGCAGCCUUCGCCAGUCUUGAUUCCACAGAAAAUACGUCGCUCGCAAUCACCACGGCGAUCGGCCUCACCGAAACGUCAAGAUAACUUUGAUGGUGCUGACGACUACAGGCUUAACUCCAAAGGGAAACGUGGAGUCAGCCCUGCUCACCAUGAUCGUUUAGCAGGGAAUCAUAAAGUGCAACCACAAGCAGGAGCGUCACCUACUCUUGUGCGAGCGCGAAGGGAAGCACACGAGGCCCGGCGACAACGGGGUUUGUCGAGUAACGCAAUUGGCCUUUCCUCCACCGCGAGCAUUCUCGGUUGUGGUGCUGCAGCGAUCAGGAAGUCGACAAGAAUUCAAGACUGCGCUUCAUCUGGUGUCCUCGAAAUGCAAUUUUUGCCUCGCAUAUCGGAGGGUGUCGUUAGACUCGUGAUGGUCGGGCAGCAGUGCGUCCGUGUGCAGCAGCAGCGCAGAAACCCUCUGGUUGGUGAAAAAGACUCUUCUCCGGACCAUAAGAGUCGAAACAAUAUUAAGUCGAAGGAAGAAUAUAAUCGAAAAUGGGAAACUCUGAUUGACGAUUACGCUGAUGGAAAGCUGGGGACGAGUGCGAAUUCUGACAGGAUUGGUGAUUCGGCUUGGGGCAAGAAGCAAGCUGAAGCUGAAGAAAGCACAGCGGCGAGACAAUCACGAGCGGCUAAGCGUGCUGAGUUGGAUGCCCUGAAAAGAUUUUUUCUAGAGCAACAGGAUGAUGAUACAGACACCUCAAAUGGCGAGGCCCUUCGUCCACAACGAGGUGCGACCACGUCCGCACCGCAUCAGACGAAAGAGAUAAGUAGCCGAUCCUCCCUGUGUACGCCAUGUCGAACGCAAACCGUGCCGCUGCACGGUGGUACUGACUCACAACACCAGGUAGAGCAAACUACAGUCGCCUCCUCCGCUUCUCGAUGGCGUCUGCUUCGCGAAUGUACGGAUCUCCGCGACCGGUUUGCUGAGACACUGGGGAACUUGGCGCUCGCUUGCGAAUUCGACGACCCAUUUCCACUGCUGUGGACUGCAGACUUCAUUAGGGAGUUUCCUGAUGUAGUGGGAAAUUCGGACACUUGCGAAUGGGUCCUAGUGAAAGUCAACGCAGAUUUUUUCACGUUACUUUCGUCUGCGAAUGAUAGCGAUACAGCUCUUUUUUUGGAGGAUCCAGGAACCAGGGAAAUCUAUCGCGAUGCUAUUGCGCAGGCAAUGCAGGUUGCGCUGAAAAAUAUAGAAACAAAAACAAUGGAACCCGAUGCAUAUUACAACUAGAUGAAUUUCUUUACUAGACAGACGUGCACGUUCUGUUUCAAAUGCUGUACUCCCGG